AUGACCUCUUCCCUGGAGGGCCUGGAGCCUGGAAGCGUGGGGGAGAAGGGGGGCUCCGGGGCUGCUGUGGGCGGUGGGGAGCCCGCGAGAGCUGCUGCCACCCGUGCGUUCUGGGCAGUCCUUGAACCGCUCCCCCCCAACUCCUGCCACCUCCAGGAGCCCCGCCUGGAUGUCAAGCGGACGCCCCAGUGCCUCCCAGCGGACUCGGUGGGGACCAUGGCUUCGCUGAUGCCCCUUUCCCCAUAUUUAAGCCCCACGGUCCUCCUGCUGGUCAGUUGUGACCUGGGCUUUGUGCGAGCGGACCGGCCUCCCUCUCCUGUGAAUGUGACAGUCACUCACCUCAGAGCUAACUCGGCCACUGUGUCCUGGGACGUCCCAGAAGGCAACAUCGUCAUUGGCUACUCCAUUUCCCAGCAACGACAGAAUGGCCCUGGGCAGCGUGUGAUCCGGGAGGUGAACACCACCACGCGGGCCUGUGCCCUCUGGGGCCUGGCUGAAGACAGCGACUACACAGUGCAGGUCAGGAGCAUCGGCCUUCGGGGAGAGAGCCCCCCAGGGCCUCGGGUGCACUUCCGAACUCUCAAGGGUUCUGACCGGCUACCCUCAAACAGCUCAAGCCCAGGUGACAUCACAGUGGAGGGUCUGGAUGGGGAGCGGCCACUGCAGACGGGGGAAGUGGUCAUCAUUGUGGUGGUGUUGCUCAUGUGGGCCGCUGUAAUUGGGCUAUUCUGCCGUCAGUAUGAUAUCAUCAAGGACAACGACUCCAACAACAACCCCAAGGAGAAGGGGAAGGGGCCGGAACAGAGUCCUCAGGGAAGGCCAGUGGGGACAAGACAGAAAAAGUCACCAUCCAUCAAUACCAUCGAUGUAUGAUGAGUGAAGAAACAGAAGCAGAAAACAGAUGCACUAACAACCUGGGGAUGGGGAUAGGGUCAGGGAGAGCCUCAGAUGGUGAUCUGCCCAAGACUGAAGGAUCCCACAGUCUCCUAGAGGGUAAUGACACUCCCACAAUCUC